AUGGAAUAUAAUAAUGCAGGAAAGGGAAUGGAAAAAGAUGAUGAGAAAACCCCUUUGGAAAAGCAUGCCAUGUUCUUUGAUACCAACAAGGAUGGCAUCAUUUAUCCUUGGGAAACAUAUCAAGGUUUUCGGAAAAUUGGCGGUGGAUUUUUUUCUUCUGUUGCUCUUUCCACUUUCCUUCAUUUCGCCCUCAGUUCCAAAUCUCGACCAGGAAAAUUGCCUUCUCCUGUCUUCCCCAUUGUGAUUGAAAACGUCAAACUUGAUAUGCAUGGCAGUGACACUGGUGCCUAUGAUAGAGAGGGAAACUUUGUUGAAUCAAAGAUAGAAGAAAUUUUCAACAUAUAUGGACAAACUUUUACAAACGCCUUAACAUCGGAGGAGGUAGAUAAAUUGAUUAGCGAUAAAAGGGAACCACAUGAUUACUCGGGAUGGAUUCUCGCCGCAUUUGAAUGGAAGUUACUGCAUCUCUUUGCUAAAAACGGGGAUGGAUUGCUCACCAAAGAAAGGGUGAAAGGUGUGUAUGAUGGAAGCUUAUUUGAUCAACUGGCUAAAGACCAUGCAUCAAAGAUAAAAGCGUAA